CAGUCUGGGCUGGGUCUGCUUGCUGCUUACAAGGAGAGGCUCUUUGGUAUACAUGCAGAGAUAACCUGAUCUUUUCCCCUUCUUUUAUCCCUUUUCCCCUUUUGGAGUCUCAUGUCUUUCUUAUAGACAUGAUGGACUUUGUGCAUUUAAGGACUUUUCUAUUUUUGGUGGUCUCCAUUGCUCAGGUUUUGAUUGUUACAUGCCAAGAUGGGACUGAUGGAGAUGAUGGGAGCUGCUCAGCAGAUGGACAAGUGUACCCUAACAAGGACAUUUGGAAGCCAGAACCAUGCCGGAUCUGUGUUUGUGACAACGGUCAGGUCCUCUGUGAUAAUAUCCAGUGUGAAGAGCUGAGCAACUGUGAGAAGAUGUUCAUCCCUGAGGGAGAGUGCUGUCCUAUUUGUCAGAGCCAAACAUCCAGUGGUGGGGGGCAAGGCACUUAUGGUGGGGGUAGAAUCUACAGGGGCCAGAAAGGAGAACCUGGUGAUGUCCCAGUUGUGACGGGUAUUCGAGGUCGUCCUGGACCUAUGGGACCCCCUGGUUCUCCCGGAGAAAGAGGAGCCAGAGGAAACAAAGGACGACCUGGACUCCGAGGCCCUGCAGGUUAUGACGGAGAGCCUGGAGUUCCAGGACAGCCCGGUGAACCUGGACCUCCAGGACAUCCAAGUCACCCAGGAGGCCUUGGGUCGCAGAUGGCUGGUGGGUUUGAUGGAAAAUCAGGACCCCAAAGCAUGUUGAGUGGCUCAAGAGGUGAAGCGGGAGCAAGAGGACCACCAGGGCCAACUGGCUCCCCUGGUCAAUCUGGACCACAAGGACCUCCUGGAGAUGUUGGUGAUCCAGGACAUAUGGGACCAGCAGGGCAAAGAGGACCCGAGGGCCUUCAAGGGAAAUCAGGAGAAGAUGGCGAACCAGGCAAGUCAGGAAAUGCUGGAGAAGUUGGAUUCCCGGGAUCAGCGGGAGCUAGAGGGUUUCCAGGUACACCAGGGCCUCCCGGACUCAAGGGCCACAGAGGGCAUGCAGGGCCACUUGGGCAAAAAGGUGAAACAGGAGCAGUUGGGUCUAAGGGUUCCACAGGCCCCCCUGGUCCAAUGGGUGCACCAGGGCCGAUGGGGCCUGCUGGGAUGCCUGGGGAAAGGGGCCGUUCUGGACCUGGUGGAGCAGCGGGUAAGCGUGGCCUACCCGGUAACAUUGGAAAACCAGGUCCAAUGGGUCCGCUGGGUCUCAGUGGCCCUCCUGGAUAUCCAGGAACACCAGGGAUGAAGGGACAACCUGGUCCCACUGGUGUUCGUGGUCCAGAAGGUCCUCAGGGACAAAGAGGAGAGACCGGACAUCAAGGGAGACCUGGACCAGUUGGCCUCAGGGGACCCAUGGGUACGGAUGGUGGUGUAGGUGCCAAAGGACCAGUGGGAAAUCUUGGUCCACAAGGUCCGGGUGGGCAUCUGGGACCUGCUGGCCCUCCAGGACCUCAAGGAAGCACCGGCCAGCCUGGUAUCAAAGGACAACUGGGAGAUGUUGGUGUGCCGGGAUUUAAAGGAGAGGCUGGACCCAAAGGAGAACAAGGUCCUCCAGGGUCCCAAGGAGUGAUUGGACCCCAGGGUGAGGAAGGGAAGCGGGGGCAUCGUGGAGACCCUGGAACUGUUGGCCCUCCUGGUCCCGUUGGUGAAAGAGGGGCCCCAGGAAAUCGGGGAUUCCCUGGUGCUGAUGGAUUACCCGGACCUAAGGGAGCUCAAGGGGAUCGUGGAAUAUCAGGCCCACCAGGACCAAAAGGUUCUUUAGGGGAUCUUGGCCGUACAGGAGAACCUGGUCUACCAGGUGCAAGGGGUCUUACUGGUACUCCUGGGGUCCAGGGGGCAGAGGGAAAGCCAGGACCACUGGGUGCACCCGGUGAGGAUGGUCGCCCAGGCCCUGCUGGUUCCAUUGGCAACCGAGGACCAGCAGGAACAAUGGGAGUACCUGGCCCCAAGGGAUUUAAUGGUGACCCAGGAAAGACGGGCGAGCAAGGAUCUGCGGGAGUGCCAGGUCAAAGGGGUCCUCCUGGAAAAGAUGGAGAAGUUGGCCCUGCUGGCCCACCAGGACCACCAGGUGUGGCAGGUGACAGAGGAGAACAGGGACCUCCGGGUGUAAAUGGGUUCCAGGGUUUACCAGGAAAUCAAGGCCCACCUGGAGAACCUGGAAAACCAGGUGACCAAGGUAUUCCUGGAGAGCUUGGUGCUGUGGGUCAAAUUGGACCAAGGGGGGAGCGUGGAAUUCCUGGGGAGAGAGGCGAGCUGGGACCAACUGGUCUACAGGGACCUAAAGGGAUCCCCGGAGCACCUGGUCCUGAUGGGCCAAAGGGUAGUCCUGGUCCCCCAGGGGCCCUUGGUGAUGUGGGUCCUCCAGGUCUUCAGGGAAUGCCAGGAGAAAGAGGCAUCUCUGGCCCACCAGGGCCUAAAGGUGACAGAGGGGCCAUUGGAGAGAAAGGAUCAGAGGGUACGCCUGGAAAUGAUGGAGCACGGGGUGCACCUGGUCCUGUUGGCCCCAUAGGACCCGCAGGACCCAGUGGUGAAAAGGGAGAACCUGGACCUAAAGGACCUGCUGGACCUCCGGGAUCAAGAGGAGUACCUGGAGCAAGAGGUGACCCUGGCCCGAUUGGUGCAGUUGGUUUUGCUGGACCACCUGGUCCAGAUGGCCAACCAGGAGUCAAAGGAGAGCCUGGAGAAGCAGGCCAGAAAGGAGAUGCUGGGUCCCCAGGGCCUCAGGGCUUGGCUGGUGCUCAUGGCCCCCCUGGGCCAAUUGGCGUUGCUGGAUUAAAAGGCGGAAGAGGAACACAGGGUGCCCCAGGCCCCACUGGUUUCCCUGGAUCUGCAGGAAGAGUUGGCCCACCAGGCCCAACUGGUCCAGUUGGUGAACCUGGACCACUUGGUGCUCCUGGGAAAGAGGGACCUUCAGGUCUUCGGGGAGACCACGGAUCCCCAGGAAGACAAGGAGAGCGAGGACCACCAGGACCACCGGGAAGCCCAGGAGACAAGGGCGAUUCCGGAGAGGAUGGACCUACGGGUCCUGAUGGUCCUCCAGGCCCAGCAGGAACCACAGGCCAGAGGGGCAUUGUGGGUCUUCCAGGUGUGCGAGGAGAAAGGGGGAUGCCAGGUCUCCCAGGACCAGCAGGUCCACCAGGAAAACAAGGAGCCACAGGAGCAACUGGAGAUAAGGGCCCCCCAGGACCAGUUGGUGUUCCAGGUGCCACCGGACCUCGUGGUGAUCCUGGUCCUGAUGGUCCUGCUGGUUCUGAUGGUCCACCAGGCAAAGAGGGUGUUCUUGGACAGAGGGGUGACAGAGGAGAUCCUGGUCCAGAGGGCUUGGCUGGUCCACAAGGACUUCCUGGUCCCCCGGGUCCUGUUGGCGUAGCUGGAGAUGCCGGAAAAAGGGGACAAGCUGGCUCCAGAGGACCUGUUGGGCCUCCUGGAUCAGCUGGAAAGAGAGGAUUAGUGGGACCCCAAGGACCACGAGGAGAUAAGGGUGACUUGGGUGAUCACGGAGACAGAGGGCAGAAAGGGCAUCGUGGAUUUACUGGUUUGCAGGGUCUUCCUGGACCGCCAGGUACAACAGGUGAACAGGGAGCUUCUGGAAUUAUUGGACCAAACGGUGCUCGGGGGCCACCUGGUCCGAUUGGCCCUCCUGGAAAAGAAGGAUACAUUGGACAGCCAGGGCCAAUGGGACCUCCAGGAACCCGUGGAAUCUCUGGAGAAAUUGGACCGGAGGGCCCUCCAGGAGAACCAGGUCCUCCAGGUCCCCCCGGACCACCAGGACCUCCCGUGGCAGCUAUGGACGAUCUGUUUGGAGGCCCUCACGAUUAUGAAGAUGCACCCCCCCCUCCUCCAGAGUUCAGCGAGGAUGAGGCCCUCCCCAACAGCAACUCCUCCACCGUAGUUCAAGUGGACCCUGGUGUCCAGGCCACCCUGAAAGCCCUGAGCAGCCAGAUUGACAGCAUGAAGAGCCCAGAUGGCAGCAGGAAACAUCCAGCCAGGACCUGUGAUGACCUCAAGAGAUGCUACCCCAUGAAGAAGAGUGGAGAAUACUGGGUGGAUCCAAACCAAGGCAGUGCAGAGGAUGCCAUCAAAGUCUACUGCAACCUGGACACCGGAGAGACCUGCAUCUCAGCCAACCCAUCCAGCAUACCUCGUAAAAAUUGGUGGAGCUCUUCCAGGAACAAACCUGUGUGGUUCGGAGCUGACAUCAACAGAGGAACAUAUUUCACUUAUGGGAACGAAGAUCAGCCAGCAAAUACCAUCACCGUCCAGAUGACCUUCAUCCGCCUGCUAUCUAAAGAAGCCUCUCAGUCCAUCACCUACCACUGCAAGAACUCCGUGGGUUAUAAGGACCAGAAGGCAGGCAACUUGAAGAAGGCCGUGGUCCUCAAAGCUUCCAAUGACUUGGAGCUCAAAGCAGAGGGAAACAACCGCUUCAGAUACACAGUGGUGGAAGACUCCUGCACAAAUGCAAAUGGAAACUGGGGCAAGACAGUGUUUGAGUACAGGACACAGAAAACUGCCAGGCUUCCCAUUUUGGAUAUUGCCCCUGUGGACAUUGGCGGCCCAAAUCAAGAGUUCGGCAUUGAUAUUGGGCCGGUGUGCUUCUUGUAAAAACACCAAGGAGACUCCUGAGACUAUUGAACUGACAGGUGUUCUGAUCAGCCGCAUUGUACAUACAAGUACUGAGGACUGUUCUGGCCCUGUGGCAAGAUAUUUAUUGUGCCUUUCAACUCAGAACACAUCCAAAGAUUUAGUUAGAUGAAUGUUGGGAAUUGACAGAAUCAUUGAUUUUUCUGGUUUCUGGUCCAAAGUUAUUUGUUUUGAAAAAGCAACAGUCCAGAUAAAGAUUGGUCUGUGUAUCUUUCAGCCCCGCCCCCAAAAUCAACAAAAAUGAAAAGCCUAAAUAAUAUCUUGGAUUGUUUUUUUUUGUGAGUAUACUUGUGUCACUGACAACCAAUGGGAAAAUAAUACAUUUUUGAUGAACCAAUGUUUGUAUCCAUUCAUUUCAACUCCACAUGGACCACAUAGAAUAUUCAAGAAAUAUUGAGAUUGACGUUUCCUCCGUGAGCUACCUCGUCACCGAGACUGACAUCCAACGAUACAACAUGGAAAUGUUCUUCCACAGGUGCUGUUUUGUAUAGUAGCAUGACACUAACUACUCCAAGGCAAGGGUCGGGGGGAUGCCAAUAAAGCCAAUCCUUCUGUCUCACGAUGGAAAGAUGAAUACGAUGUUAGUGUGAGUCGUGUGUGUGUGUGAUGCUUUGUAACAUUUAAAUCUCAGUUUCCAAUAUUGAACAGUAAAAAGUCGCAACGAUUAUUCUGUUUUUUUAUGCAUGUCAAUUCUCCCUCUUCAGUAUCCUGGGUCAAUAUAUGCUCUUAAUCAUUUCAUUUAUUUUAUAUAAAAAGGUGGCUGUUUGCUUUGUAUCUCUUGCUAUGCAACAAAUUAAACAAAACGCGUGUUAAUCUCCCAAGCUCUUGUCAUAUUAAUUUAGGAAGGUUUUUUAUUUUUGUCAUUUUGCACACAAAGUGACAACUGUAUUGAUAAGAAAUGUAUUCAGGAAAAUAGUUUGACUUUCUUUUUGUAACUUGAACUGUUGAAUGUGCCCUCAUUGUAUUGUGGUCAUCUGGUGCUUAUUCAAGUAUAUUUAUUAUAGUUUGUUUUUUUAAAACACAUUUGUUAGGCUUGGCUGCCUGCUAAAUCCCAGGCAGAAGGGAAAAGGAGAAAAGAGGACACCAUUUUUCACACUGGAUGCAUUUGAGUUUCAUCCGUUGAAAUAAACAUUGCAACUACU